AUGUCCAACAGCAGCACGGCAGGAGCCAGCAGCGGGACCGGAGCAGGUGGUGGAAGUGUGGUGUGGGUGACCCCGCUCCUGGGCGCCACCCUCAUCACCAUGUGUGUUUUGGGCUUGGCCGGAAACCUGUACACACUGGCCAUAAUGCGUUCGGCUACAUUACGUCGUGCUGGAUCCAUGUACGUCUUUAUUCUCAACUUAGCCACGGCUGACUUGCUCUACCUUGGCACAAUUCCCUUUGUAGUGUGCACCUACUUCGCGCACGAUUGGUUCUUUGGGGAGAUGGGCUGUAGGCUGCUGUUAAGUCUGGAUCUACUCACAAUGCACGCUAGCGUGUUUGUGCUAGUCGCAAUGAGUCUGGAGCGCUACCGUGCAGUCGCUACACCUUUCAGAGCACGUCGCUCGACUGCCCGCGGACACUGGUUGAUGGCUUUGGGCAUCUGGUUGGCUGCGUUUGUCCUGACGCUCCCCAUGAUGGUGAUGAUUCGACUGAGAGAGGGGCGACCGGCUGCCGUCGGUCUCGUCAAACGCAUAUGUUUUCCCACAUGGACACCCGAAGCCUUCAAAGCUUACCUCACCGCGCUCUUCUUCACUAGCAUGCUCCUGCCCGGCCUGCUGAUGCUAGGACUCUACGCGGGUCUCGCCCGACAUUACUGGGCCGCCCAGACCAACCUGGCACGGGGAACCAGAAACAGAUCUUCAUCAUCAUCCGUACGGAGACGCAGCCUGAAGCACAAGGUGGUGGGAAUGAUCUUCUGUAUCGUGGUGGCAUACUGGGCGUGCUUCCUGCCGUUUUGGGGUUGGCAGAUGGCGAAACUUUUUUCGUCCGAGUCGCUUCGUUCUCUGUCGCCUGCUGCUCACACGUACGUCAACUUCUUCGUCACCUGCCUGACAUAUGGUAACAGCUGCGUGAACCCGUUGCUUUACACGUUGCUAACACGCAACUACCAUGACUACUUGGCCCAGAGAGGUCAGUCCUCUGGGUCGAGUCGAGUUGAUCAGGGGUCAGCUGUAGGGGUCAAUGCGGUCCAGGAUAAUUGAUGAUGAUACAAAGAUACUUC